AUGACUGAGGACCAUCGAAAUAUCAAGAUAAAAGAAGAAAAAGAAGAAAAAGAGGCUGACAAGAUUUUAUCAUGGCCAGACAUGCGACGACGGCUACGAGAACUGGGUGAACCCAUUACGCUCUUUGGUGAGACGAUGAAGGAUCGAAUGACGCGGCUUCGUCGAGUCGAGAUGGAUGUUGCUACGAAACAUGAUGAUGAACUAGGAGCUGGACAUGAUAUUCGUAAUCGGUUUAUUGGUGGAGAUGGAGAAGAUCAGAGAGAAAAAGCAGACGAUGCAGCGGAAGAUGCGGAGGAGUUUGAAACGUCGAGUGAUAAUCGUGAGAGAAAGAUGACGAAGGUGAAGAAGAUGAUGAAGAAUCAGGAGCACAAAGAGAGUCGAGAAGAGAAGGAUGAGGAAGAAGAGAAAGAUACUGAUAAAAUGGUAUAUCGGUUUUUUAAAGGAAUGUUGCAACGAUGGGAGAAUGACUUGGCGAAUCGACCGGACCAUGUCAAACGAACGGCGCAGGGAAAAAUUGCGGUCAAGACCAUGAAACAGUGUAAAGAUUACAUUCGGCCGCUGUUCAAGUUGUGCAAAAAGCGACAGGUGCCAUCAGAUAUUCUACCCAAGUUGGUCGAUAUUGUCAAGUUUUGUCGUCAAGGAGAGUUUGUGAUGGCCAAUGACGCCUACAUCAAGCUUGCAAUCGGGAAUGCAGCGUGGCCGAUUGGAGUUACCAUGGUGGGUAUUCACGAACGUACGGGCCGCGAAAAGAUUAACUCGAACAAACAGGCGCAUGUCAUGAACAAUGAGUCCCAGCGCAAGUACCUUACGUCUGUAAAGCGGUUGAUGUCGUAUGCUCAGUCCGUCUCAACUGUGCUACCGUCAAAGCGCGUGUUGUGA